AUGGAGUUUGUGGUCUGUUUAGUACCUCUUUACGUGAUGCACCGGAUACUGCCGUUUGCCUGUGCCACCUGUAUUGGAGUCGCGUGUUAUGUUGUUGUACGGAGAUAUGCAUCGCGUCCCAUGCAUUCGAAGCUCUCGUGUCUGCUACACAAGCUUCUGAGAGCGCUCCGGGCCCACUGCGAAAAUCAAUCGUUCUCACCAGAGGAGCUCUGUCCCGUCGCGAGCAUUUAUCAGAACUCGGAGCCGCACACGCUGUUGCUGACUCCGGAGCUACACACGGAGGUUGCAGGAAUCGUUGACAGCAUCCUGCAGGGUUUCAUCCAGCCGUGGUUUCAGCCCCUGUCCGGCGUCCAGGAGUUUCCCCGACACGUGGAGGGAAUACUCGAGGACACAUUCCUGGAGCUAUCGCAUAAGCUGACAUUUAUCCACCCGUCACGAGCGCUGCAGUUGUGUCUCGAGACUCUGAGUGGCCACCUGCAGCACUUACCGCGCUGUCAACAGUCCUCCGAAGCACUGGGUCCGGACCAUCCGGCGGCUAUUGAUCGACACACUGAAUGGCUUUACUUGGAAAGCCUCACUACGUGCGCGUUACGGCUCGUCGAGCCGGGCGAUGUGCUCAGUUCGAGAGCCACACAUAUGUUAAUCCUCCACCUGAUCUGCCGCGAUGUGUUCCUCCCGUUGGUAGACCUCAUAUCCCGACCUCAGGUCAUCUACUACCUCAUAGUUGUUCUCUGCACCCCUCCGCCGGCGGAAAUUGGCGAAGAACUCGACACCACACCGAGUGUCGCCUCCGCCGACGAUGAACUCGACGGUGUCGAUCAGAUAGCUGAGGAACCCAGCGUCAACGAUCUCCUGGACGCGCUCGUAGCCGCGAAGAAGCCCACGCUGUCUCGCACGCCCCGCAGCAGCCCCAUGCGGAUACGGGCAUCGGUCGACAUCGAGCGAGCCGUCGAAGCCGACAACUUCAACGAUAGUUCCUGCCUACAUAAAAUGAACAUCACGAAAACCGAAUCGCGCAGCGAACACGGCAAAGGAGUGUACACAGUCUACUGCAUUGAGUAUCAGCCCCGAUUGACGGGUCCCACGUACAAAGCGAAGCGUCGCUUCAAUGAAUUCCUAAACCUCCAGACAGCCCUCAGUAGAAUGGGCAAAUACGAUCAAGUGCUCCGCGGCAUCAAGGGCCCGUCGAGGUGGCUGGCCAACCCGUUCAUGAACGAUAAGAAAAAUGUCAUGAAUCGCGUUAUCUAUCUCCAGAACUAUCUUCGGCAACUCUCCGCCAUAUCGGACAUCGUUCGAACUCCACAGUUCCAAACAUUCACGGGGAUGAUGGGCGAUCCGAGUACUUUCUUCACCGGCGGCAUCAACUCGGGCCACAACCCCCUACGGAUCGAUCGCAUGCUGGCUGAGGGGGUCCGCGGAGCCCUCGAUCUUUUCAAAACAGCUCUACCGAAUGAAUCUUCGAGAGACCUCACCGAUGGGAAUGUUGUCUCGGGAACGCCGACCCCCCCUUGGUUUGAAGUGACGCUCCACAGCAACAUCGAAAUCAAAUACGACGUCGAUGCGGGAAACCGAAAAUUGCGUCAGGCCAUUUUCAAUUAUAUCGACAAUUUCGAUCUCGCCUCGUCUCCGGAGUUCUCUCCCGUCCAUUCUCAAACGCCGCUGCCGGGGAGCAAGCCGGAGUCGGAAGAGAUGCGAGACUUCCUGGACACCGAAAGCCUGAAAAUGGCAUUCAACUCGUCGGGUCGGGGCUCUUCGCAAAACUCUCAAUCGUCCACUAUCGCUGAUCCUUUGACUAGGGCGAUUUUGGACGUCAUAACUGUCGCGCUGGAGAACCAUCAGAGUUCCCGUUUCACGUGUCUUCUGACGAGUUUCGAGGGUCUCGUCGGCGGGCUCUUCGAAGAAUGGCUGAACGAGAAGCUAGAAGAAUGUCUUUCGCCACAUAACUGUGCCACGGUCCUGCACAGACUCCAUCUGCUAAUCAGCGGACUCGCCCAAGGUGGUGAGGUUUCGCCAAGCGAGCGAACAUUGGAAGAGGCCCACGAGGCGAUCCGGAACCGCUUACCUCCUUGGACCCUCGCAUAUCUACCGGUUGACGAAUUCAUCCUGAGCAUGCUGGAAUCCGUCAAAGAGGAGCGUUUCAACCGGGCUCUCGUCUACAAGCUCGCGGACGCCUUACUGGAUCUCCUCGCGUCUGUCGACAACAUUGAAGCGUGGACCAGAUAGAAUUUAGAAUGGAAGAAGAGUUCCGAACUAGUCCCGUAGAUCGGCUCGAUAUCAAGUUCCUGCCUUCCUGGAUGGAAUCAAUGAGAACCACAAUCAU